AUGUCCUCACAACGAGCAAGCUCAAUGGAGGCCUCGCAAGACAACAUAAGGAAGCGGGUGUGCAAAGCCUGCGACCGAUGCCGCCUAAAGAAGUCCAAGGCAGGUCUGAUGCACGCCUGCGACGGCGCUAGUCCAUGCAGUCGAUGUAAAGCAGACAACGCCAUUUGUGUUUUUGGAGAGAGGAAGAAGUCGCAGGACAAGGUGUAUCCUAAGGGCUAUGUCGAGAUGCUCGAACAGCAACAGUCGCAACUUGUAGCUGGCCUGCGAGAGCUCUACAGCCGAUUGCAAAAGGGCGAGAGCUGGCCAGGAGCACCAUUGCGCGAGGUAGCGGGCGGGCAUCCUCUUACCCACGAUAUCCUCGAACGGCUCGACCUCCUACACUCCUCGAGCGACGGUAGCAGAAAUUACGAAGGCUUUGAAGAGGACUGCAAUCGCAUGCAGCAGAAGCUACUCGAGAGGGGUGCGCCAUAUACCCGCAGGAGAGGAUCUGUGAGCUCAGACUCCGAGCAUGGUCACACCUCGUCUGGGUCAUCGUAUGGUGGGACACCUACCACAAAGUCUAUGCCCUUCGUCGACCCGUUCACACGACACGAUGCCCCACCAACACCGCCGAUGAACAGUCCAUUCCCAAGGCAGUCCCAAAUUGUGUCGCCCGUUAAGCAGGAAGCUCCCAUGGUGUCGUCGACCUUCAUGAACACCGCAGCUCUAGAUCCGACCUCGCUCUCUCGAUCAAAUUGGCAGCCAGAGUCAAUGAUGCUGGAUGAGCCCCUGGAUUUCGGGAAGCCGAUGUACGCAUUCGACUCGUACGGCAACUUCGACCAGAACGCGAUGAUGCUUGACCCGAUCGUAGUAAACGACCCUGUCAUGCCCACUUGGAACAGCGCGAAUGAUCUGGACUUCAGUAGUUUCAUACAUAAUCAAGUGGGUGCUUGA